AUGGCACCACCAACUCCUGUUUAUGAUAGGUUCGAGAUCCAUAGUAGGUAUGGUGAUAUCCUUGCCGACCCCGAUAAAUACCAAUGUCAAAAGAAAUCACUUACACAAAACGAAUGUACAUUUAGAAUAACAUAUCCCAAUAAAGUACCUCAGGUUAUAUGUCUACCUUUCAAAAGAGAAUUCCUUCGAUGUCUUUUUGCUACCACUGAAAUCAAGAAUGGGACCAAAGUUGUGGUAGAUAAAUGGACUAAUAUUGAAAUAACCAACGAAAAUACCAAUAAAGACUUAUUCACUGACCCUAAAUAUGAAGAUCAAGUGAAAGAUUUCCUUCGAGCUGAUGAAGAUUUAAAGAAAUUAUUAACCGAAAGUCAAACAACUCAGUGA